GCACGUGCGAGCGUUAGGCCUGCGUCUCCGAAAUAGAAAGUGGGCGCUUCUAGCGCCUGCUGGAGGUUGAGAAGCUCUCGUUUGGGUUCUAGAGUUUGGAUCUCAUGGCGGAGAUAAUUCAGGAACGCAUAGAAGAUCGACUCCCUGAAUUGGAACAGCUGAAGCGCAUUGGACUGUUCAGUCAUGCGGAGAUUAAGGCUAUCAUUAAGAAAGCUUCGGAUCUAGAAUACAGAAUACAACGAAGAGCUCUUUGUAAGGAAGACUUUAUCAAUUAUGUUCAAUAUGAAAUUAAUCUUUUGGAGCUGAUCCAGAGAAGGAGAACUCGCAUUGGAUAUUCAUUUAAGAAGGAUGAGAUUGAGAGUUCUAUUGUACACCGAGUGCAAGGUGUCUUCCGGCGCGCUUCAGCCAAGUGGAAAGAUGAUGUUCAACUUUGGCUAUCCUAUGUAGUCUUUUGUAAGAAAUGGGCUACUAAAGCUCAACUUAGCAAGGUAUUCUCUGCCAUGUUGGCUAUUCAUUCAAACAAACCAGCUUUGUGGAUUAUGGCGGCCAAAUGGGAAAUGGAAGAUCGCUUGUCCUCAGAAAGUGCAAGACAACUCUUUCUUCGAGCUCUGCGCUUUCAUCCUCAGUGCCCAAAACUUUAUCAAGAAUACUUUAGGAUGGAGCUGAUGCAUGUUGAGAAAUUGAGGAAGGAAAAGCAAGAAUUCGAAAAAGCCAAAAUGGAUGUGGAAAAUCUUGAUUAUCCUGAAGAAAUCCUUACGGGCGAGUUGGCACGAAUCAUCUACAAAAAUUCUGUAAGCAUAAUUAAAGGUGCAGAGUUUCACGUGUCACUACUUUCAAUUGCACAGCUAUUUGACUUUGCCAAAGACCUGCAAAGAGAAAUUUAUGAAGACCUUCAAGCCAUGCACACAGAUGACCCUCUCACUUGGGAUUAUGUGGCACGGCGAGAGUUAGAGAUCCAGUCACAGCCCGGGGAUGAGCCGCCUGCGACCAAACAAGCCAGAGCAGAGGAGGUGGGCCGGAGGGAGGAGCGGUGCUGUGCUGUGUACGAAGAGGCAGUAAAGACUCUCCCCACAGAGGCCAUGUGGAAGUGUUACAUCAACUUUUGCUUGGAAAGGUUUGCAAAGAAGACAAAUAGCCAGUCCCUCAGAGGGAAGAGGCUGGAAAGAACCAUGACUGCAUUCAGGAAGGCACAUGAACUCAAACUUCUACCAGAAUUCCUAUACAAGCAGUGGAUUGAGUUGUUGCUGCAUCAAGACUUCCUUGAGGAAGCCCUGCAGGUGGCAGUGGCCGGGAUUGAACUGUUUAGAGACUCUGUGAUGAUGUGGCAGAUGAAGCUGCAGGUGCUGAUUAAGGCAAAGAGCCCUGACGUAGCCAUGCUUUUUGAAGAAGCCUUUGUGCACCUGAAGCCCCAGGUUUGCCUGCCAUUGUGGAUUUCUUGGGCAGAGUGGAGUGAAGAUGCCAAAAGCCAAGAAGACACUGAAGCCAUCUAUAAGAAAGCUGUCUUAGCUGUCAAGGGUGCUGACUCCAUCACUCUGAAGGAUAAGUACCUGGACUGGGCUUAUCGAAGUGGUGGCUACAAAAAGGCCAGGGCUGUGUUUAAAAGUUUACAGGAAAGCCGUCCAUUUUCAGUUGAUUUUUUCAGGAAAAUGAUCCAAUUUGAAAAGGAGCAAGAAUCCUGCAAGAUGGUGAACCUAAGAGAAUAUUAUGAGAGGGCUUUGAGAGAGUUUGGAUCUGUAGAUUCUGAUCUUUGGAUGGAUUACAUAAAAGAAGAAUUGAACCACCCCCUUGGUAGACCUGAGAACUGCGGACAGAUAUAUUGGCGAGCUAUGAAAAUGUUGCAGGGAGAGUCAGCAGAUGAGUUUGUAGCAAAACAUGCUAUGCAUCAAGCUGGCCAUUUGUGAAGAGGAAGACCACAGCUAACUUUGUGAAAUGGUGUUGUGAGCCCUCUGGGCAGGUUUGUGUUACGAAUUCAUCUGCAGUUUGUGGACAAGAUUUUGGGACAUGUUUUAAUUUUGUUACUGUGUUAAUCUUUAAUUCCAGAAAAAAGAACUGCUGUUUAGUGGCCAGAGGCUACUUGUUAAGGCUGGAUCUAUUGUAGGUCCUAAAUGUUUUCCAAAAUAUGUGGAAAUUGUACAACUGAAUUUCUUUUAUUACUCCUGGUCAGGGGUGAAUUUCUCUAAUCUAAACCUAUGGGCUAGAUGAAAUGGAGAAAGUAGAGUUCUGUUUGUUUAUUCUCUCCUUAUAAAAGUAUACAUGGUAUGCAUUUGCUGUAGAAAAUGUGAUAAUAGAAUAAUGAAAAGAAAAUAAAAGCAUCCUGUAAUACCAUC